GCCAUUCAUUUUCUCACGAAUUCGAAUCCAGCUGAUCAGAAUGUCUUGUUCCUGCUCUUUGACGAGCCAUGGAGAAUCAAGCGUCGCGGCUAGUACCACCACCAAAUUCUUGCACAAGAGUUCUUCCACCACAAAAUCUGGAUGGACUCGCUUGAAAUCGCCCAGAAAAUCAGGUUUGUCCUCGACGUGCUCGACACGCGGGAGGGUCGUGUGCGACAUCUCCGAUUACAUUGGCGGGGAUUUGCUGCGCUUCGACAGGGGCAAAUUCUACAAAGAUGUGGAGAAAUUCGGCUCCAUUGCCAUCUAUCCUCCUCCAGAGGGAGGCUACGAAGGGAGGUACGCAAACAAGCUCCAAAUGGAAGGCUACCAUAUCAUGGCCAUGAGCGCCAAGGGAUUGGGAGACCUCGAAUCUUAUCUCACCAAAGUUCAUGGAGUUCGCCCACCUCAUCUGGGGAAGCAAGCGAUUUCAGUGUGGUAUUUCCCUCCCGAGAUCGAUUAUAGAUUGUCUAUGCUUCCAGAAGAUUGCAAGGGCCUCGUUCUAUGGCUUCUCGAAUGCGAGGUGCUGUCCAAGGCAGAGCUCCAGUUUCUAACUUUGUUGCCUGCGCUACGCCCCAAAGUCCGGGUCAUUGCCGAGUGUGGAGGAUGGCGAAAGUUUGUGUGGACACCUCUCAAGAACAUUGCCGGGACAUCGGUUCCAGACGAAUCCCAAGUUUCCAAAGAGAUAAGCAAGCCUUUGGUGCUCGUCCCAGAGCAAGGGAAGGAUUUGGUCGUUCCAGAUCCCUCCAGAUCAUCGCCCGAAGCAUCAGCACAAGAGCAACAAGAAGCGAACACCCUCUCAUCUUGAUCAUCUCGAGAUCUUCCAAGUUUCAAGAAACUCGUCUUCCCCGUACAAACUUAGACUGGAUUCGAUGAUCGCGACAAAAUGCGGAUUAGAAGGAUCAAACUGUGUGUUCUCCUCAUGUCAAUCAUUGACGGUAUAGUCCAAAUUAUGGAAACAGUUGUCUCCAUUCCACCGUCCAAGCAAGAGCCCUAACCUUGAAAA